AUGCCGAAGUACUCGACUGCCAAGUCCGCUCCGUCUACCAAGUAUGUCGGGCAACAUCCUUACCGUAUCAUAUCAAUGCCCGGAACGUCGACCGUCCCGGUCUCUCUUCCUUCACCUCUACCUACCGCCAAGUCGGCCGGCCCAUCGAAGAAGACCCCACGCUCCCGCAAGGGCCAACCCCGUAUCCUCAAGGCCGCUCCCCCACCCCCACCCGGCGAACACUCCGUCUACCGUACAGAAGCCCAGCGCUUCGAAUACUUGAGCACCCACCCCUGGAUCGCUGCCUUCUCCGUUGUCGGCGCCAGGUGCGCGGCCUGCCGCCGCCGUAUCCUCGCCGACAUACGGACGAAGGGCAAGUACGUGGUGCCGAACUUCACGAGACAUAUCGACGAGAAGUGCCGCGCGCGGCGGGCGAUUGAGGAGGGGAGGAAGCCGUUCCCGGAGGAAAAGAAGGGUGAGAAGCCGUUGGAGACUGACCAUCGGAAGGGGAGGCGGGGGUUGAGGUUCGAGGUCUUUGCGGGUGGGGCGCCGAUGCCGGGGACGAUCUUGGGGACGAAGGAGAAGGCGAAGUGUGUGAAGGCGACGAAGAAAAUGGACGUGGAUGAAGUCAACCUCUCACAGACCGCGACGCAGUCAACGUCGCAAGAAUGUAAACGAGUCUCCAUCAGCGCUGCAAGUGUGGCGCGCACACCUUCCCCGCCCGUGCUCCCGGUGGUCAUCGACUCGCCCGAACCCGCGCCGCAGCAUUCUCAGCACGCGCCACACUACUCUCAGGCCGUGCCACACUACUCCCAACCGAUGCCACAGUACUCCCCACCGCCCGCCGUUCAGCUCCUGCCUCCGCGGUUCCGCAUGAGCGCCGCAUUCGCCGAUCACGACCUUACUCCACCAUCGAUGUCGCAGGCCGACUGGGAUAUGGACUCGGAAGAUGGGUCCGACGACGAGCACGCGUAUAGCGCACCCGUCGAUGUUCUUUACAGGGCGGAGCGCCCUGGUGCUCCAGUCGAGCGUGAGAGGACAAGCUGCCCGUGGUAUUGGACAUCGAAGAGGACGGCCAGUAAUUUGAAGAAAUUCCCACUAGAUUCUCGCCUGUGCGAUAGACCCAGCAGGGCUAAGCGCCGGUCCAACCUAGCGUCAGCGGGCUUGCGCGCCAAGGCCGAGGAAUCAUCUUUGACCUACGCGGAGGGCUCCUCUUCGAGGAAGACAAGCCUCAUCAUCGCUCUAUCGACCUCGUUCUCCGACGCCCGAACGUCAUCGCCCGCAAACUGGAACGGCCAUGGGACGCCUCUUGUGUAUCGCGCGCACAUCUACAAGCGGGGGUCGUGCGUGCUUCGCCACUGGGGGCGCGACGUGUGGGAGUUUAGCACCGGCGUUUUGGCUAUAUUCUGGAGAGUACACGAGCAUCGUCUGCAGGAGCAGAACAAGGAACCCUACAAUCAAGAGGCCUGGGACGAGAUCAUGGAGCAUAUAGAAUACGGCUUUCGCAACCCUGUCGAGGCCGAAGUCAAUGUACUCGUCCAUGCCGGACCCAGCCUCAUCGGUGCAGAGCCGCUUCCUGAUGGCACAGACCCCUGCGCCUACCUACUGGAGCAUCUGUUCCCGCGGUGCGAUCUCGAGACGGCACACCAGCUCAGGCAAUGCAAGCGCCGCACUGGCAAAGUGUACCGCGCUUAA